GACGUACUCCUUACGUAUCGCAGAAUACCGUAAGCAUAACAUUUUGUGCACUCUAUAACUAGAGACGCGAAAAUUACAUAGCCCAGCGCAUCGGCCUUAAAUCAUUCCUUUAACGAUGGAAAAUCCUAGCGUUAUAUCCCGCAGUCACUCAUCAUAUAAAGGUCCAUCCCCACCACACAGUUGCUGCGGAUAGUAAGUUUUUUUUUUAAAAAUGCUCGUUGUCUUUGUGGUGCUGCUGAUGCGUUCUCUAACGCACGGCCUGUCACUGGCUCAAACCCAGCUGUACAACCGCUGCAAUGCCACCUGUUCCGGUUUCGUCGGUGGGAAAAAGACACCGGUCGUGACCUUUUGUCAGUUGUGGGGUACUGACGGAAUGCGGGUGGAUCCGGCCAUUGAGAUGAGCAUUCGGACACUGCGUGCGGAUUUCGAAGACCGUGUGGAUUUCCAGUGGGUUAAAGCAAUGUUGCCUGGUUCGUGCGACGACGAGACCGUGCGAGAAACGUCACCGGCGGCCGUUAAUUUGCACCUGGUGGAGAGCAAAAAUGGAUGCAGUAUUUUUUUGGGACCGGGAUGUAGUAAAGCUGUGGAACAAAUCCGUGGUUUGGUCAAAGAAUGGAAUGUACCGCUUGUAACCACCCAGGCCACGUCGAUCACCCACGAGCAGAUGGCCAGCAGCAAGAUGAUCACGCGGCUGGGAUUUACGCAGGAUGCUGUCGUCAUGUUCGUCGUGUCCGUGUUGAAUUAUUUUAAAUGGAUUAACGUUGCUGUGAUUUAUGACAGCGACACCGACUCGGUGGAAUUCGGGCGGACUUUCGAGACCUACGUAUUUGACAAUCAGUCCGGAAGCGGUAAUUCUGAAAAGAAAGAUGACGAUGUCAGCGCACGUAUGUUUCCCUUAUCAGCCAAAUUAGCCCGGGAAGAUUACCGGAAUAUCCUCACCCGGGCUAGCACGACAGCCAGAGUGAUUGUAAUUGCCGCCUUAUCCAACAUCACGCGCGAUAUAAUGCUAACGGCGCAGGAUCUGGGAAUGGCCAAUGGGGACUAUGUUUACAUUACGGCGGAUCUCUACUAUGCUAGCGGGCAGACCGGCUCGCUGUCCUUCGCGUCAGGCAGCGGCGCGGAUGCAGGUGAUUUGCGACUAUUUGAUCAGCACCGCAUGGAUCAUUUCAAGAAGUCGGAUGCGGAAAUUAGCCGGGACAUCAAAACUGCUUUCCAGUCGUUAUUGGUAGUACAGCUGAAAGCGCCGGAGAGUGCCGAAUACCGGCGCUAUGAAACGGCGGUGCAGGAGCUGUCCAGAACGCAGUAUGGAUAUACUUACCCAAAAGACUCGCGGGUUCCACCAUCAGUUAUGGGAUUUUUCGAUGGAGUUCGCUUAUACGGCUUGAUACUGAACGAGACCCUGCGAAAAGGUCAGAGCAGCACCGACGGCCUGGCGCUCACGCAGCGCAUGUGGAACACCACAUUUCGCAGCAUGGGCACGGAGAUUGUCAUCAGCGCCAAAGGUGAUCGCAUCUAUGAUUUCAACCUGCUGAAUUUCGACCGGGCUUCCGAGCAGUUUGUGCCAUUCCUGCAAUUCACCGCUGCUAAUAAGAGUUUCACGCUCCUCCGCAAAAUUCAAUGGGUCAACGACCAAUCCUUCCCGCCGCCGAAUGUGCCGCCGUGCGGAUUCGACGGCCGUUCUGGUCCGUGCGUCAAUCGCAACGCGGCAAAUCAAGGUGGACUCUCCACGGCGGCGGUGGCGCUGAUUGUGGCCUUCUCCGCUGUCGGAUUGGUUCUCAUUGGUGGAACGAUCUCACACUUUGUGCAAAAGCGCCAGAAGCGAAGGGACAAGGGCGACUGGUGGCGAGUAGACUUCAAUGCCAUCGAGUGCCUAAAGAAUGCCGGUAGUUCACUUCUCAGCGGCAGUACGACCCGAGUCAGCAGCCGGGCGACAUCCGCAGGAACAUCCAACGUCCGAUUAAGAUCAUACAUUGAGAACGGUCAAUAUCUGGACACUACCGUAGCGAUAAAGCGAAUCACUCGCGCUUUUCUCGUGACGCAGGAUAACGAAAAGGAACUGCAAAACUUGCGCAGCGUGAUCCAUCCGCAUAUUAUCCGCUUCGUGGGUUUGUGCAUGAAUCCCGCUAACGAGUGUAUGUUGUACGAGUACUGCGAGAAGGGAAGCCUGACUGAUAUCCUGGAGAAGGACACGUUGGCCAGUGACUGGGAGUAUCGCUACUCAUUCCUUUACGAAAUUAUAGAAGGCAUGAUCUACUUGCACAACUCGGUAUUUAAAUCGCACGGCCGUCUGAAAAGCAGCAACGUGCUGAUCCAAGGCCGGUUGGCGGUGAAGAUUACGGACAUUGGUCUUUGGAAUUUGCGCACGCCGUACCCGGCAUUCUUGGAUCCACAGGCGACGGACGAGGAAGUCCGGCCUCUGCUCUGGGUGGCGCCGGAACAUCUGCGCAGCAGUAUCCCGCUGCAUGGCACUCCCAAGGGCGAUGUCUACAGUUUCGCCAUUGUCCUCAUCCAACUGGUCACCUGGACGGAGCCCUAUGAGUCGCAACUGACGCCUAACGGAUCUGUUAAAUAUGUGGUGAAGGAAGUGCGCAAAGGUGACACACCGCCCUACCGUCCGCUGGUUCCUUACAACGCCUGCGAUCCACUCCUGUUGAAGAUCAUGGAGGACUGCUGGUCGGAGAAUCCCCAGGAACGUCCGACGUUUGCGCAGAUCAAAGAGCGAGCCAAGCCGCUAAUUAAAAGCCAUUCCGGCAAUCUGAUGGAUAAUAUGAUUAAGAGGAUGGAAAAGUAUGCCGCACAGUUGGAAGCCACGGUAAAUGAGCGGACGGCGGCGUUUAUUGAGGAGAAGAAGAAAACGGAAGAACUACUCAACCAGAUACUGCCCAAGAUUGUGGCAGAAAAACUGAAAUCCGGUGAACGGAUUGAACCGGAAACCUUCAGCAGCGUCACCAUAUAUCACAGUGACAUUGUGGGAUUUACGCGGUUGAGUUCGAGCAGCACCGCGGUGCAAGUUGUGGAUCUUCUUAAUGACCUUUACAUUUUGUUCGACAGCAUAAUAGAAGGUUUUGACGCCUACAAAAUUGAAACAAUUGGCGACGCUUACGUUGUUGCCAGCGGACUUCCGGUACGCAACGGUGAUAAGCAUGCUAUGGAACUGGCAAAGAUGUCGCUAAAGGUCAUCCGUUCAUUGCGCCGCUUUCGCAUACGUCACGAUCCUACGUCACAUCUAAAUGUCAGAAUUGGCCUGCACACCGGGCCAUGUGCAGCAGGCGUGGUGGGUCUAAAGAUGCCCCGAUACUGCAUUUUUGGGGAUACGACGCUAAUCGCCGGAAAAAUGGAAGCCACCAGUGAACCGAUGAAGAUACACCUGAGCGCCACAACGUACACCCUACUGCACAGCGACAAUUCCACCGAUUUAAUUAUGGAGCCGCAUGGCGAAAUGGAACUUCCGAGCAAAGGCGUAAUUAAAACCUACUGGCUGCUGGGAUCUACCGAAUGAGCAACACCGUUCAAACAGUGGGAAUUUAUUCAACGCCGCCCGGAAUAAAAAAACAAACAAAAUGUUCUGCUUAUUAUACUUCAGAAUGAUCUGGCAAACCGAAUGAAUAAAAAUCGGCAAUAAAAUUAA